CCACCUGUCUCCUCCUGUUUCUCAUCAGUUUCCUCUUCCGCCACCGAACCGAGUUCCCGCUCCGGACUGCACCUUUUCUUCAGACCUCGCCCCAGAAGCAGUUUCGUGUCUCACCUGAGACACACACACCUGUCCUGGGAACCGUUUCCUGCCAUGAGAGCGGGACCACCUAACCGAUAGAACGGCAACGAACUUUACCAGGAAGAACCAGAAGACAUGGAUCCGAUGGAUUACGGAGGGAGGUUCAGUCCUAAGGAUCUCGACACCACCCUCCAGUUCCUGCCGGCCUCGGACUCCACGCGUCUGGAGAAGAAACCGGGUUGUCGGAAGCAGCUGUGGAUCGGACUGGGCCUGCUGAUUUCAGCUGCUGCUCUGGCUCUGCUGACCGGGCUGCUGGUGUGGCACUUCCACUUGCGCAGCAGCGUCAGAAUAAAACGCGUCUAUAUCGGUGCCAUGGGAAUCAGCGAUCGGCGCUUCGACCCGGAUUACGAAAACCCCAACAGUCAGAAGUUUAAGGAGCUGGCUGCUCUGGUUGGCCAACAGCUGAAGCUGAUUUACUCCAAAGAUUUGAUUCUGUCAAAGUACUUCGAGGAUUCCACCGUCCAGGCUUUCAGUGAGGAAGCCUCUCGCAGCUCUAGUGGUUCCGGCGUCGUGGCGUAUUACCAGUCUGAGUUCAACGUUCCGGUCCAUCAGCAGAGGGCUCUGGAUGAAGCUAUCCAGGACCUUACCCCACCAGAGGAACCUCGAUCACGGCUAAUUCUGAGACCUGAAAACCCUCUGAGAUGGAAGAGCGUCGUGUCUGGGGCACUGGACCCACGGCUGACCAGAACCACCCUCAACAAAACGGAUCCAGCCGACGUUCAUGUGAAAGAGCCAGGACAGAUCGAUUCUCCUGGCUUUCCGGUUGCUUACCCUGGAGACAUUUACCAGCAGUGGAGGCUGCGGGCCGACCCGGGAUACAGAGUCAAAUUAGAGUUCCACACUUUGAUCCUGGAGGAUGACUGUCAGCAUGACUUCAUCAGGCUCUACGACUCUCUGGGUCCAAUCGAUACCAAAGUUCUGACCGAAAAGUGUGGAUAUCCUGAGGAGUCAUUGUCCUUCCUGUCCUCUCGGAACGUCAUGCUGAUGACGCUGGUGACCAACCAGAAGAAGACCUUCCCUGGGUUCAGAGCUUUCUAUUCCCAGGUUCCAGACCAAGAAUGUGGAGGACAGCUGACGGCAGACACCGGCUCGUUUUCAUCGCCGUUCUUCCCCUCCAACUAUCCGCCUCAGACCUUGUGUGAGUGGAAAAUCCAGGUUUCAACUGAAAAGUUUGUGAAGAUUCAGUUCAACGAGUUCUCCUUGGGAACCUUCAGUGAAGACUGCAGCAACGAUUUUGUGGAGAUCGACGGUGAACGAAGGAUCUGUGGCAGGGCUUUAAAGAGCCCCGUCUUCACCAGCCGGAGCAACAGUGUGACCAUCAAGUUCAAUUCAGACGCUUCUCUCGUGGACCAGGGUUUCCUCGCCAGCUACGAAGGUUUUGUCCCAUCCAACCCUUGUCCAGGAAGGUUCAAGUGUAAAAGCAACCUGUGCAUCAGAACAGAUCAGCAGUGUGACGGCCACGACGACUGUGGAGACAACAGCGACGAGCUCGACUGUACGUGUAAGGCGGACCAGCUGAGGUGUAACAACAAUCUGUGUAAGUCCCGACUCUGGAUGUGUGACGGCGUGGACGACUGUGGCGACAACACGGAUGAAGAAGGCUGCGGAAAGUGUUCAGAUGGAGAAUUCUCCUGUGGGAACGGCCGCUGCGUCUCCACACGGCUGAAGUGUGACGGGCGAGACGACUGCGGAGACGGUUCUGAUGAGUCCAAAUGCGAAAAAUCUCUCCUGCAUUCCAGCUGCUUUUCGUUCCAAUGCCGGAGCGGAACUUGCAUCAGUAAACCAAAUUCAGAAUGUGACGGAGAGCAGGACUGUGAGGAUGGUUCUGAUGAGUCCAACUGUGAGUGUGGGAUGAAGCCUUUCCGGAGCGCCCGUAUUGUUGGGGGUCAGGUGUCGAAGGAGGGGGAGUGGCCCUGGCAGGUGAGCCUCCAUGUCACAGGACUGGGUCACGUGUGUGGAGGGUCGGUUCUGAACAACCGCUGGCUGCUGACGGCGGCCCACUGCGUCCAGGACAACGGACCGGACAGGUUGUCUCAGGCUGACCAGUGGGAGGCCUAUUUGGGUCUGCACACACAAGGUCAGACCAACGAGUGGAUGGUCCGGAGGAAGAUCAGGCAGAUCAUCGCUCACAAAGACUACAACCCUCAUACCUUCAACAACGACAUUGCUCUGAUGGAGCUGGACGCCGCCGUCACCCUGGACCAGCACAUCUACCCCAUCUGCCUCCCCUCCUCCACCUACGACUUCCCAGCAGGCAAAGAGGCGUGGAUCACUGGCUGGGGCGCCACCAUGGAGGGAGGAGUCACGUCGAAGGAGCUGCUGAAGGCUCAGGUCCGGGUCAUCAACAGCACGGUCUGUAAGGGUCUGAUGGAGGACGAGGUCACGGACAUGAUGCUGUGUGCUGGAGUCCUCAGCGGGGGCGUGGACGCCUGUCAGGGUGACUCUGGUGGGCCGCUGGCCAUCAAAAACUCAAAAGGGCGGGCCUUCCUGGCAGGCGUGGUUAGUUGGGGCGAAGGUUGUGCCGUCAAGAACAAACCAGGCAUCUAUACCCGGAUCACCAAGUUCCGUGGCUGGAUUAAGGAUCAGAUCAGAGUCUAAAGAGUCCUUCUGGAGUCUUACGGCCAGAAUAUACUUGCUUACCCCAUGCUGGCACUCCACUAGGGGACGCGGUAGCGGACCGAGACUGGAUUGGGUCCCAGCUUUGUGAGUACAACCCAAACAAUCUUGGCGUCAAUAGAAGAGAUCCGUAACCGGUUAAAUUGAGAUCACAGCAGGAAAGAAAAGACGUCAGCGUUGUCGUAGACAAUAUGAACGGCCUCCAAACCACAGAGUGACCGUGGUGAGUGUGUCUCACUCGAAGGGUAGACUCCGCCUACGGUUACUCGUAUAGUGUAGCGUGUGAAUGCUUCGCAUUAAAUUUGGGGGACACGCACAAACGACGCUUCAAAUCAACUCACGUUACGCGAGGCAGCCAUUUUAAGCAGCAAGUAUAUUCCAGGCCUUACAGGAUUCCUGCUGAAGCGAGACCAACGUUUUCAGACCAGAACUUUGUUUUACUCUCAAAGGAAGCCUGCUGGGUCUUCUUCCUUUUAGGUUUCCAUCUCAUACUUUUGGUUUUUGUAGAAUAAGAAUAAUAAUCCAUGAUUUCGUUGUAAAAGGCGUUUUGCUCUUCGUCUGAUUGGUGGAUCAUCAACCGCCCAUGGGACCAAACACCUUACAGUCAUGGGCUCUGGAACUUCAUCAUCACCUGCUUUGAGUGAAAAUGAGUGGAAAAAAGCUCUAAAACAUCCAGAUGUGAUCCAGGUGUUGCUGCUCACCAUAAACCAGCUCAGAAGUAAAGAUGCGGAGUUAAAACUUCUUCAUCUUGAGGUUUUUAUAUUGUCGCUGUUUUUGAUCACAUGACCUGUUAAAUAGGUGAGGUUAUCUGUCUGCUGGACUUUUUUAACUUUGUGUUAAAGUCAUACUAUGCAACAUUUUCAGUUUUUAAAUCAUUUUCUUGCGCCAGUUUGUGCUAAAAUGGAAAGUAACUCUACCCCCACCGCCCUCUGGGGGGUCAGGCCACUCUGCUGGGACUCAGGAGAAAUUCAGCUGCUAAAACCCGGCCCUGCAGUCUGGUUCCAGCACGUUUUCUGCAUGUUUUAGAUCACGAACAGAGCCUACUUGUUUAAUUUGGCAAUGAAAUACUCCUGCAGACACUAAUGAAGGCUGGGGAGACGUUUCAGCUGUUAGAUUAAGGUGUUAAAGAGACGAUCGCACAGCGAGGAGAUAAGUUUUGCGUUCAGUUUGACCGCGAGGAGGUAACGAACACUAGGAGGAGAUAACAGCAAGCAAAACUGCCAAGUGUGCCUUUAAAAAAGCAGAACUGGAGCACUUUGAAGGCAGCAGAAUAUUUUAAUUUUCAGCGUUUUUCAUAGAAAGUUUUGAUUUUUAAUCUGAAUAAUUGGGUUUUAGUACUUUAAUGCGUGUUUGUCCUUAUUUCUCAGGCUCUGCUAAACCUGUUGUUACUAUAGGGUUGAUGAAAAAGUUGUGAGCAAGUUUAAUGUUUUGUUCCCAGAUGAUAAGAAGCUAGUUCCCAACAACCAUCUCAACUGGUUUGUUCAUGGUUCGUCCUGGAGUUCCUCAAGCACGUGUGUUUGGUCUUUUAGACAUUAAAUAGGAAUAUUUUGAUUUGCCAAGCCUCGAUUUUAAUACGAAGUUAAAUAUUCCUUGUUUAACUCUGAGGAUGUUGCAUUUGCUCUUAAAAUAAUUUGUAGCAAAGCGCAAAAAACCAACAGAAGCUAAACAAAAUCAUUUGAGUGUAAAUUAGAUGAAUAGUUAAAGGUGUAUAGUUCACUGAAAAAUCUUUUUUAAUGAUUAUUUCUGGUUCUAACGGGUCAAUCUGAGUGUUUCGUGCAGGCUGAGCAUGAAAAUAGUCUCCUACACCUAUCUCCUGCAUUAGCUUCUGAUAGAAAACAGACGGUGAAACUCUAGGAUUAGAAAAUCCUAACAGAUCUACGUCACACUGUCACUAACAUUCAUGGACUCACCCAUCUGGACUCACAACGGGGAAGGCUGUUGUUGGUUUAGCGUCCAGGAAACCGCAGAGAACGUCUCUGCUAGCAGAAGCUAACAUUAGCAUUAGCAAAUCCACCACACAGCAGAACUCCUCCAGGCUUGUGUUAUUUGUGGAGAUAAAACAUCAAUGUUGCAGAGCAACCAGAGUCAGUGGUAGAGAUGUGUUGCUGUUAGCCAAUCAGAGGAGAGAUGUCUGAAUAUCAGGAAACUUGACCCCUAACCCUAAUGUCUGAAGCUACUUUCUUCUCCAGCUGAUUUGUACCGCCUGAUUCAGAUGCAUCUGAGCUUUUUUUCACCGCCAAGUACGAUUUACAAGGCAUUUGUUCCUACCAGAGACCACUUUACACCUAGAACCCUCCCACUGUCUUUAUGGGUGACCCCGCAAGGAAAGCUGACCACUGAGCAGGGUU